GCUCCAGGGCUUCCAAGCCAUAGAGUCACUCCAUCCAGCACCCACCCUCACCUUCUACACGCUGAAGAGAGGUGGCCAACGUGGAGGGCUUCAGAGCACCAGCUCUGCACGCAGGUUUGAGAGCAUACUCAGCAGUUCCCCAUCCUCAUCCAGGCGAUAUUUAUAGAGGGACCAGUGACAUGGGCCUGGAAGCCUACUGGUGACUAAGGAGGGGGACAAUGCUACUGGCUCGGCAGAGGGAAUUCCCUGUGGGGCUGUCCCUCAGGUCCUCUCCCAGCCCCCACCCGCCCUGCUCUUACACCUGCUUCGACCCCAAGCAGAUCAGAUGUGGCAAUGGGGGGGUCAUGUGACGGAGAGGGGCCUAUAAAUAGCUGGAGGUGGGCAUGCUGCCCCAGACGCCUUGGGGACAGCAAGAGCAGAGGCUUAAGGAGCUACACUGGGGGGAGGACGGGGGCAAGCAGGCCAAAGCCUGGCCGGGGCUGGGGGGGUGGGGGCAUGGAGCAAUCCAAGUCACAGCAGCGUGGGGGGGAGCAAAGCUGGUGGGGUAGUGACCCCCAGUACCAGUACAUGCCCUUCGAGCACUGCACCAGCUACGGACUGCCCUCCGAGAACGGGGGCCUGCAGCACAGGCUCCGGAAGGACGCAGGCCCCCGCCACAACGUCCACCCCACGCAGAUCUAUGGCCAUCACAAAGAACAGGUCUCAGAUAGGGUGCCGGACACGGGGAUGCCCAAGAAGACGGGCUCCAGUUCUACCCUGGACAGCAAGGAUGAGGAUCACUAUUCCAAAUGUCAAGAUUGUGUCCACCGUCUGGGACUCGUGGUGAGAAGGAAGUUAGGGGAAGACUGGAUCUUUCUGGUGCUUCUGGGACUGCUGAUGGCCCUGGUCAGCUGGAGCAUGGACUACGUCAGUGCCAAAAGCCUGCAGGCCUACAAGUGGACCUACGCACAGAUGCAGCCCAGCCUCCCCCUGCAGUUCCUGGUCUGGGUCACCUUCCCGCUCAUCCUCAUCCUCUUCAGCGCCCUCUUUUGCCACCUCAUCUCUCCCCAGGCUGUUGGCUCUGGAAUCCCUGAAAUGAAGACUAUACUCCGUGGGGUUGUCCUGAAGGAAUAUCUCACGCUCAAGGCCUUUGUGGCCAAGGUUGUCGCCCUGACCGCGGGGCUGGGCAGCGGCAUCCCUGUGGGAAAAGAGGGCCCCUUUGUCCACAUUGCCAGCAUCUGUGCUGCCGUCCUCAGCAAGUUCAUGUCCGUGUUCUGUGGGGUCUAUGAGCAGCCAUACUAUUACGCUGACAUCCUGACGGUGGGCUGUGCUGUCGGAGUUGGCUGUUGUUUCGGGACACCUCUCGGAGGAGUGCUGUUUAGCAUCGAGGUCACCUCUACCUACUUUGCCGUCCGGAACUACUGGCGAGGAUUCUUCGCAGCCACGUUCAGCGCCUUUGUGUUCCGCGUGCUGGCGGUGUGGAACAAGGACGCUGUCACCAUCACUGCUCUGUUCAGAACCAAUUUUCGAAUGGAUUUCCCCUUUGACCUGCAGGAACUCCCAGCCUUUGCUGUCAUCGGGAUUUGCUGCGGGUUCCUGGGAGCUGUGUUUGUGUAUCUGCAUCGCCAAGUCAUGCUCGGCGUCCGAAAGCACAAGGCCCUCAGCCAGUUUCUUGCUAAGCACCGCCUGCUGUAUCCAGGAAUUGUUACCUUUGUCAUCGCCUCAUUCACCUUUCCACCAGGAAUGGGUCAAUUCAUGGCUGGAGAGCUCAUGCCCCGGGAGGCCAUCAGCACUCUGUUUGACAACAACACGUGGGUGAAACACACGGGAGAUCCUGAGAGCCUGGGCCUGUCGGCUGUUUGGAUUCACCCCCAGGUCAAUGUCGUCAUCGUCAUCUCUCUCUUCUUUGUCAUGAAGUUCUGGAUGUCCAUCGUGGCCACCACCAUGCCCAUACCCUGCGGAGGCUUCAUGCCUGUGUUUGUGAUAGGAGCUGCAUUUGGGAGGCUGGUAGGAGAGAUCAUGGCCAUGCUAUUCCCUGAUGGAAUCUUAUUUGAUGGUAUCAUCUACAAGAUCCUACCUGGCGGCUAUGCAGUAAUUGGAGCAGCAGCACUGACUGGUGCUGUGUCUCACACAGUCUCCACAGCUGUGAUUUGCUUCGAAUUAACGGGUCAGAUUGCUCACAUCCUACCCAUGAUGGUGGCUGUUAUCUUGGCCAACAUGGUGGCUCAGAGCCUGCAGCCCUCCCUCUAUGACAGCAUCAUCCAGGUCAAGAAGCUACCCUACUUGCCUGACCUUGGUUGGAACCAGCUCAGCAAAUAUACGAUCUUUGUUGAGGACAUCAUGGUACGUGAUGUGAAGUUUGUUUCAGCUUCUUGCACAUAUGGGGAGUUGCGAGCCCUGCUCCAGACCACCACAGUCAAGACUUUACCACUGGUUGACUCAAAAGAUUCCAUGGUGCUGCUGGGCUCGGUGGAGCGGUCGGAGCUGCAGUCGCUCCUGCAGCGCCACCUGUGUCCCGAGCGGAGGCUGCGGGCGGCGCAGGACAUGGCGCGGAAGCUGUCGGAGCUGCCGUUCGACGGGAGGGCGCUGCCCGGGGCGCCUCGCGGCCGGCCCGAGUCCUUCGCCUUCGUGGAUGAGGAUGACGACGAGGACUUCUCCGGGAGGACCGAGCUGCCUCCCUCUCCUCCUCCUCUCCCCUUUCCUACCGCUCUCCUGUCCCCAGAAGAGCCCAACGGGCCCCUGCCAGACCACAAACAGCAGCCAGAGGCGCCAGAGCCUGCAGGUCAAAGACUCUCCAUCUUCCAAUCCCUGCUGCGCUGCUUGCUGGGCAGGGCUCGCCCCACAAAGAAGAAAACAGUCCAGGAGUCCGUGGAUUUAGUGGAUACCAUGUCACCUGAAGAAAUCGAGGCCUGGGAGCAGGAGCAGCUGAGCCAGCCUGUCUGCUUUGAUUGCUGCUGUAUCGACCAGUCUCCCUUCCAGCUGGUGGAGCAGACGACCCUGCACAAGACUCACACGCUGUUCUCGCUCCUCGGCCUCCACCUUGCUUACGUGACCAGCAUGGGGAAGCUCAGAGGUGUCCUGGCCCUGGAGGAGCUGCAGAAGGCCAUCGAGGGGCACACCAAGUCUGGGGUGCAGCUCCGUCCUCCCCUGGCCAGCUUUCGGAACACGACUUCAACUCGAAAGAGUCCUGCGGGACCACUCCCUCCUGCAGAGGGCUGGAACCUGCCCGAGGACGGACCUGGGGCCACGGGAGCAGGGGAUGUGGCCCCUGCCUCCCCAGAGAGCCCCGUGCCUCCCCCGUCCCCAGAGCCCGCUCUCUCCCAGGCCCCAGCCAAGGCGGAGGGCGAGCUGGAGGAGCUGGAGCUGGUGGAGGGUCCGGGGCCAGAAGAGGAGCUGGCCGACAUCUUGCAGGGCCCCAGCCUGCGGUCCACAGAUGAGGAGGAUGAAGAUGAACUGAUCCUUUGACCGCCUCCUGGGACCUCCUUAUAAAUACUGUCAGUGACUGCAAGUGGACUUGUGUGGGACAGGGUGUGUCCUGAGGUUGGAGAACUCCCCCAAAGUCUUGGCCCCUCCCAGAGAUUUUUAAAUGUGACAGUGAUCAUCUUAAAGGAGGAGUCAGAACUUGGGCAGGGAGGAGCCGUGGCCAAUUCCCAGACAGGCAGGUGGUUCUAACCCUGGUGGCAGGCCCCUGUUAUUCCAUGGGGCUUCCUGAGUUUUCCUGGUGUGUGGGUAGGGAAUGCCCUGCCUCUCUGCAUCCCCUCGUCCCCCCACACAACUCCCGAGGGCUCCUGUCCCAGCGCCUGGCUGGCCUUGCCUGGCCUUCCCGCAUCUGCAGGAGGUGGGUGAAGGAAGGCCCAGAAUGACCGUGGCCCUGUAAGCGCCACAUUGGAGGAGAUGGGACCAGCUCAUGGCCUCAGGGACUGACCACCUCAGAAUGUGCCUCUGAACAGGCCACAGCUGCUUCUCUCCGUGACAAUGAACACAGCAGUCUGCCUCCGCCCUCCCUGGCCCCCGCCCCUGUCUUCAGGCCCGGGCUGGGCAUUACUAGGGCAGCGAGCGACCAACCACACCCCCCUCCUCCGCUUCAGGCAGUGAAAUGCGUCUAGAAGGACGAGAGAGGGCAGCGGCCUGUCAGGAAAGGUUGCCAAAGGCUCGGUGGGGAAGGGGCAGCUGCCCUGUUCCCUAACAACCAGUCCCCACCGUGUCACAUGGCUCUCUCUGGCAGAAAGCCCUCCGACCUCACAGCACAGCCUCCUGUGCCCAGGUCACUCCCUAGGAAAUGCAUCCUCCCUCUCCCUGCUAUAGUCCCUGGCUUGUCCUGCCAAGGGUUAGCUCUGCCCCAGGGCUGCUGCGGCUGAUGCCUCUCCUGCCAAGAACUAAGGCUCAGAGCAGCUGGGUCACUGGGUCACUCAGACAGCAGCCUCCUCACAGACUAGCUCCUCAAGUGCCUGUCCCAGGGGUGGGAAGUCGGAAGUGCGGCGUCAAGAUGGCAAGCCUCUUUGGUGCUGCCCACACGCAGGACAAUCACAUUCUCACCCUCCCCGGACCAGCAGUGGGAGCUGGCAGUUGUGCUGUGAGCACCCCAAAACCCUUGCUCUACACCCAAGGCUUUCCGACCCCAAC